AUGGCAGCUGUACCGAAGAUGACCGUAAUCAACUUCCUGUGCCUGUGCCUGACCAUCAUCCUGCUCUCUGGAAACGCGCUGGGCGCAUCUGUAGCCGGUUCCACUGGAAGUGGGAGUGCCCAAGGACUAGCCCAGAGGAUCGGCGAGUGCCGGGAGCGCUGCUACCGCCAGUCCAUGCCGGGGAUCACGCCCCCCCUCCUCUGCCGAUCCCGGCCAGAGUGCUACAUGUGCCACGACUACUGCCGCGUCCUCGUCGUCGUCCAGCGGAGUCUGGCCAGCUCCAUGUGCGCGGAUCGGGAGUUCUGCACCCGGGGAUGUCGGGUGGCCUGCUCGUACCACCGCCUGAGGGUAUUCCUCGCCCUCCACCAGGACUCCAGUGCCAAUGCGGUGCUCAGGAAGUGA